CGUCACAAAUAAACUUAACUAAACCAGAAAGUGUUUUGCGACAGCUAAGUUCACGAGCUAACUGCCGUGGUUUGGACGUUUCUCGCUCAGCAGCACUGAGAUUCAUGUCGAGUGAACCGAAGAGGCUCCGCACUGAAAACAUGACCGUCAAAAAAAUCGGGACUCACAAUGGAAGUUUUCACUGUGAUGAAGUUUUAGCCUGUUUCUUCCUCAGACAGCUGCCUGAGUACAAGGAUGCCGAGAUCAUUCGGACCAGGGACCCCACACAGCUGGCAGAGUGCGACAUCGUUGUAGACGUUGGAGGAGAGUUUGACCCAAAGAGGCAUCGCUAUGACCAUCAUCAGAGGUACAACUUUUGGCAGUUAACCGCU